AUGCUAGAGAAAUUACGGCUAUCAAGGGAAGUAGCGAAACGACAGGCGCUUUUAGAUCCCGAUCUUGUACUCGAUGAAGAUGCUAUCGCUUUAUUGCAAUCUUCUCAUCCCACACGCGUUCGCCAUAAAUACAAUUUUCCUUUAAUACCUGACGAUCGUUAUAUGACAACAUAUUUAUCUGAAAUUUUUGAAAUCAAGCAGGGAGCCGGCCCCGGAAGAAAGCGUCAAAAAAAACAAAAGGACAUGUUUGAUUCUAACGAUUGUAAUGACUCUAAUGAACCGACCCCUGAGGAAAUCAAGGAGCAAAAGGCUUCUGUUGAAAGAAAGAGAAAGGUCGAUUUGAAAUUUCAAUGGCACAAUGUACUCAAAACAUUGUGUACCAGCUAUUUGAUCUUUUUUGGCAAGCAAGGUGGCUUGCCAUCCACCGAGAUUGUUUCUCCAGUUGCAAUCGAUUGCCAAUGUGGUAGUAAAAAAGUACUUCUGACAAAGACCGUCAGAAUGUACUUUUUCCAUGCCAUCAAGGAUGUAUCAGUCAGUUACUGCAGCUGUAAGCCCUUGGCAGAAGCAUUAAUUUUGAUGGGUAUGUUUCCUGCUUCGCCCACAGACCCCAAAAAUGCCAUUCAUUUGGGUUUGUUGGGCUAUUUUAAUGAAGUUCGAAACACCUUGAAGUCUUCUUCUGAGGGUAUUACAAAGUUGUAUAACAACUUACACGGAAAUCCACUGACAUCUUUGUCAGUGAACAAUUUCCGUACUGUAUUCAAUAUGUACAACAAGGUCAUUUUGUUGACAGAAGAAAUGGUCAACGAGCGAUCUUUGUUAAAAGAUCAGGCGAUGUGCUGUCCUGCUUGUCCUAGUAGGGACUCCAUCCACCCUAUGGAUCGCAUUUUCAUUACUAUGGAUGGGUGCUUUAGUAUGAAAUGUAAGUCGAAAGCAAGUCCUCUUGAUCAACUUAAUUUGGUCAACACCCUGGAGAACGCAUGGGUGAAGCCUGAAUGUGUUGAGCUUUAUAAGAAGGAAAAAGCUCCUAAAGACGCUCUCAUGAAUGAGAACACAUUCAGAGCUGCAGGUAAUGGCGCCUCAUACAAGUCAAAGUUGUAUCCCGUAAAAGGAAUUUUUACGGCUUCAUGCGCGCGCCAUGACCUCACCCUAAAGAUGGUGGAUAUGGAUAGUGGUGAAGGAUUCAAAUAUCCACUAUCUGUUCUCCACGAGCUGUUUCAGGAGGACAAGGACAGCAUUAAGACGCCAGUAAACUUGAUGUAUGAUAUCAUUUGUGUCUUGGAGAAGUCGUUGACGACUCACUUCCCGUACUUGACUGCUAACGGCACUCUUGCACUCCCCGUUUUUCAUGCUUAUGCGCAUGUUAUUAGCUGUCAGUCCAGCUUUAAUCCUAAAAACAUUGAAUCGUACGGCAGGACUGACGGCGAGGCAUCGGAACGUUUAUGGUCUUCACUCAGACCAUUCGUCACCAUUACACGUCCGAUGUCUCAGGCCAACAGAAGGCUGACUCUUACGUUGGCCAUCCGCCAUCGUAACAUGGAAAAAAAAUGGGGAAUUGCAAGUGUCUUGUACGGGAAGUACAAAAGUACGAAGAAGAUCCUGGCGGCAGGAUUAGUGAAGUUGAAGGAUGUCAACCAGGAGGAGAUUUCGUUGGCUUGGGAGAGGCAUCUGGCGUUGACUCGAAGCGGUGUUGCAGCCAAUCUAAAUUGACUUGGUGUUACACAGGAUAGGAUCUUUCCUAUAAAUACGCUCCU